AUGUUUCGCGUCCUCAGCUUCCUCGCGGCUCUUGCCGUCGCCAGCGCCUGCAAGCCCUGCACGUGUGGCGUCGCUCGUGGCGCUCGCGUUGUUGGAGGAGCUCCCGUAACACCUGGCGAGUUCCCAUGGCUUGCGGCGCUGAAACGGGACGGGAAAGUCAUCUGUGGCGCCACUGUAAUUGCUCCGGACCAUCUUAUCACUGCUACGCAUUGUGUACACGGAAUAGAAGCAUCUCGACUAUCCGUUCUUGUCGGUGAAUACGACGUCAACGCUACGAGAUCUGAAGGUUACGAAGUAGUACAUGUGGUGCAGCAUCCAGACUUCAACAAAUACACCUAUGACUAUGAUAUUGCAGUGUUAAGACUGGCAGUGCCGCUGCCAGAUAGACUAUACAGGCCUGCGUGCUUACCAGAUGUUGAUGACUACAGCGGUCUUGAAGGAGGACACGCAAUUGUCUCUGGUUGGGGCAGUACCGUAGAAAAAGGACCAGCAUCCAAUAUACCGAUGAAAGCUGGCGUACAAAUAUGGGCCCAAGAGGAAUGUUCAGGUGCUGGGUAUGGCCGAAGAAAAGUGACUCCACGAAUGUUGUGUGCCAACGCGCCCGACCGAGACUCGUGUACUGGUGACUCUGGAGGUCCUCUUUUGGUAUCCCAACCACACUUUACUCUUGUCGGAAUCGUCUCAUGGGGCCGAGGCUGUGCUAGGCCAGGAUACCCAGGGGUGUAUGCUCGUGUGGACCGCUUCCUGCCGUUUCUUCGAGUAGCUCUACGUCAUGCCUGCACAUGCCAACCUCCAACUUUUGGUUAA